AUGGAUGAGGAUUUUAGAAACCUGGGAACACCAGAGAGAGCUCAAAACUGUUCCAAAGCUUAUUUCCAGGACGUAUCAGCAAAGUUCACAGUGAUUGGACCCCGUGACCCUGUCACUGCCAUCCUGGGUCAGGAAACUGUGUUACCCUGUCACCUGUCCCCCCGGAUGAGUGCUGCAAACAUGGAAGUGAGAUGGUUCCGCUCCGAGUUUUUAACCAUUGUGCACCUGUAUCGUGAUGGGAUGGAUCAGUAUGAAGAGCAGAUACCAGAGUAUCAGGGAAGGACAGAGCUUUUGAAAGCCGAACUCACAGAUGGAAAUGUUCACUUGAGGCUUCUCAAUAUCAGACGCUCUGAUGAAGGAAAAUACCUCUGUUUUGUUCAAGAUGAUACUUUUUAUGAAGAAGCCAUAUUGGAACUGCGGGUAGCAGGUCUGGGCUCUGCUCCUCUGAUUUCUGUUGAAGGUCACCAGGAUGGAGGGAUUCGGGUGGUUUGUCGAUCAGCUGGUUGGUACCCAGAGCCUGAGGCGCUAUGGAAAGGUUUCAAUGGGCGACGUUUACCAUCACUCUCUGAAACAACAUCCCAAGGAGAUAACCGCCUGUUUGAAACAGAAACUGCUCUCAUUGUAACAGAACAUUCAAACCAGAACUUGUCCUGUUGCAUCAGGAACGCCGUUCUCAAUCAAGAGAAGGAAUCAGCAGUUUAUAUAGCAGAUCCAUUUUUCCCGAGGGGAAAUCCCUGGAUGGUGGCUCUGAGUGUGAUCCUGGUGGUUUUGUUUUGUUUCAUUGGCCUCACUGUUUAUCUCUUUAAAAUGAAAGAGAAACGAGAUAACGAGAUAAUGAAGAUCCACCCUGAGGGAGAGACACUCAUGCAGUCCAGUGGAGGUUCUGAUGCACUUAUAACUUCCUUUUCCCCUCAGUGUAUUAGUUUGUACAAUAUUGAAUCAUGCAAUACAUGUUCAGAUCUGCUCUCCUCUCUAAUUAUGUGGCUGGUUUUAGGGUGGAGAAGAUCCGUGGCACCUAUAGAAGAAGCAAAUGUGACUCUGGAUCCAGACACGGCUCAUCCCCGACUCGUCCUGUCUGAUGAUCGGAAAAGUGUGAGAUGGGGAGACACACGACAGCAACUGCCCGACAACCCUGAGAGAUUUGAUAAUGAGCCCUGUGUGCUGGGCUGUGAAGGAUUCACCUCAGGGAGACAUUGCUGGGAGGUGGAGGUGGAAGUGGGAGAUGGGGGGUGCUGGGCUGUGGGGGUGGCUAGAGAGACUGUGGAGAGGAAGGGAGGGAUCAGCCUUAACCCUGAGGGGGGGAUCUGGGCUGUGGAGCGGUUUGGGGAUGAGUUCUGGGCUUUCACCUCCCCUGAGACCCCCCUGUUCCUGAGCCGGGCCCCCAGCAGGAUCCGGGUUUGUCUGGACUGUGACCGGGGGCAGGUGACAUUUAUCAAUGCUGAUGAUGAGGGCCCGAUCUUCACUUUCCCGCCAGGCUCCAUCCCUGGGGAGAGAAUCCGACCCUGGCUCUGGGGGUGGCAGGGAGCCCAGCUCAGACUGUGUCCCUGAGACACACAGCAGAGGGGGGAACUGGAAAUCAGCCUCUCUAGCCUCACACACCCCAGUCUCUAUGAUCUUGGAGGACUCCCAUCUACCCAGCCCCUGGCUCCU